UCCGAGCACAGCAACUUGGUGCGUCUUUUUUGACGCUUGUCCCGGACGUCCCCGGGACUGGAACGUCAACUGGGCAUCAAAGUGCUGGCGUUUCCCUGUCCAGUGCCCCCCGCCUCGUCCGACAGAGGCAAACAAGGAGGCGGCGGAGGGCUGCGCUGCUCCGCGUGGAAGCGUCGCGGAAGAAGUUUGCAGGAAGCAGCUUCCUCCGAGUCGAACUUCUGCCUUGACAGAUCUCUGGAGAGGGGGAGCAGCUCGCCCUGGUCCUGCGCGAGGGAGGCUGGUUAGGCUUCUCCGAAAGGGAAUCCCCGUUUCCAAGAGUGCUUGGUCAUUAAAAGGCUGGACGACUUUCAGAGCUUCCACAUUAAUCCUUUCCUAAGGUCAGGUGCUGGCCCAAAGAUCCACUGAAAGAAGAUAAUUGUGGAACUUGGGGUGUGGCGAAAAUGACUUCAUAUUGUGUCCUUCCAGCAUUUGGUCUGAUGAUUGGGUGUUUAGCAUUUGCAGGUCCUGUGCCUAAAAGUGGCUGUGUCUUGUCUCAAGUCAAUAGCUCACACCCAGUGCAAGCCUUACUAGAAAGUUUUACUGUCUUAUCUGGCUGUGCAAGCAAAGGGACUGCUGGAUUGCCACAAGAAGUUCACAUCCUCAAUCUUAGGAGUCCAGAAGAAGACUCUGGCCACCAUGAAAGAGAGGUUGUCCUGCAUUUGAAUCCAAUUUCUUCAAUCCAUAUUCACCAGAAGCCACUGGUGUUCCUACUGAACUCUCCUGUGCCUCUAACGUGGAAGGUGAAAACAGAAAGACUUGCUAUGGGGAUUCAGAGACUUUUCAUUGUUUCAGCAGGUUCCAUUGUGCAGUUUGAGAAGGAAAACUUCUCCUUGUCAGCAAAGAGAGAAGAAAGACCCCUCCCUCAAGGAAAUAAGCAUCUGUUACAGUGGGCCCAAAAGGAAUAUGGGGCAGUAACAUCCUUCACUGAAUUUAAAAUAUCCAGGAAUGUUUACAUAAAAGUGGGAGAAGUUCAAUUUUUUCCUACAACAUGCAAUAUAGAAAAGAACUUUAUUUCUUUGAACUACCUUGCGGGAUACCUACAACCAAAGGCAGCAGAGGGAUGCAUUGUCUCUAGCAUGGCCCAAGCUAGAGAAGUUCAUAUAAUUGAACUUAUUGCACCUGAUUCAAACAGUGCUUUCCAGGUGGAUAUCAUCAUUGACAUCAGACCAUCUCGGCCAGACACCACACUUGUCAGGGAUCUUGUACUUAUCCUCAAGUGCAGAAAGUCUGUCAACUGGGUCAUCAAAUCACAUGACGUGAAGGGGAAAUUGGAAGCCAUUACAGCAAAUGGUGUUGGCUUUGGAAAAGAAACUGAACGCUCUAUGACAAUGAGUAAAACGGUAGCAUUUGAUAUUCCCUCCUCUCAUGAGAAUUUGAUUGCCUGGGCAUAUGAUCAUGGCUACCACCCAGUUACUACAUAUACAAAAGCACCCCUCGCUAAUAGGUUCCACCUACAGCUCAUGGAUACAGAGGAAAUGAAUGAUGAGGAAGACCAUUUCCUUCCACCAGAGCUGAAGGAACUGCUACAUGGCAUUAAACCCCCUUCCUUGAGUGAAGACAUUCGUUUUGGUCUUCUUUAUGAGAAUAAUCAAGGCUCUUUGCCAUCAACUGAUACCGUUGACACACUCAUGGCCAGUCAUGGUUUUGAACAGCUUCUUCCAAAAGACCCAGAGCCAGAAGAAGUUCAGGGUAGUGUUGAUGUUGCCAUGUCUGUGAAAUGUAAUGACGCAUCCAUGAUUGUAGCUGUAGCAAAAGACUCGCUGGAGGCUAGCGGUUUCGUUGGAACACAGCUCUCUCUGCUGGAUCCUAAUUGCAGAGCUAAAACAAACAGGACCCAUUUUAUUCUGGAGUCAUCUUUGCAUGAUUGUGGGACUCGACAGAUUGCCUAUCCUUUGGAUAACAUUGUGUAUCUCAACUCUAUUGUUAUCCAGCUGUCACCAUCAACUGAAGCCAGUGGUUGGGUGGUUGAUUAUGAAGACAUGGAAUCAGGGGAUAAUGGUUUCCCUGGGGACACAGAUGAAUCGGACAUCACAUUUUCCAGUCGGCCUGUCAUCGUUGUGUUCAAUUGCACAUUCCAUCAACCCAAAGCUUCAAAGGUUCCCAUGUUCUGGCCACCUGAAAUACAUGUUGGCAAUGCCACCUUUGGAAUGGAACUGUAUGAGACGGACCUUUUUCGUACCCCGAUUCAAGGAUUCUUCUCUGUUGCAGAGAACAGCCAGAUUUUUGUUGAGAUUUCUCUUACAAAGGCUGAGAGAUUCCUGGGCUUUGCAAUCCAAACUUGCUUUAUUUCACCAAAUUCCUAUCCUGAUCGAAUGUCAGAGUAUACCAUUAUUGAAAAUAUUUGUCCCAAAGAUGAGUCUGUAAAAUUCUACAAUGUUCCAAAAGCUAAUUUUCCCAUACUAAAUGCACAGACAGACAAAAAGCGUUUUAGCUUCAUAUUCAAAUCCACAUUCAACAGCUCUCUUCUCUUCCUGCACUGUGAGGUGACCUUAUGCACAAACAAAGAAGAAGAUGCUCAAGGAUUGGCUAAGUGUGUCCCUCCAGAUGAAGCUUGCACCUUUCUUAAUGUCGAUAUGAUCCUUGCAAUGAUGCAGAAUAAAAAAACCUUCACCAAACCUCUUGCUGUGAUAACUAAAGGGAAGCCAGAAGAUAAACCUUUCGACUUGAAACCUUCCGAACGGUUACCAUCUGUGGUCUACGGCCUGGACACGUUGACAGUUGUGGGAAUUGCCUUUGCAGCUUUUGUGAUAGGUGCACUGCUGACAGGAGCUUUAUGGUUUAUCUAUUCCCACACAGGAGAACCAGCAGGAAGACAGCAGGUUCCCACAUCGCCACCACCCUCUGAAAACAGCAGUGCAGGCCACAGUAUUGGCAGCACACAAAGCACCCCCUGUUCCAGCAGCAGCACAGCGUAACGCAGGAGGCGAGGUGGAAAUGCACGCAGCAACGUAGGAGACCAGAGGUUCAAAAACAGCUGUUUGUUGCCCUUUGCUUCCAUUGGUUUGGAUUCUUUGGCAAAAUGUGGAGGAAUUUCCUUAUUUUUUGCUUUUCCUGGAUAAAUGUGGUCCUCAAAUCUCUUGCAGCAUGCUGAGGCUACACAUGAUAGAGCUACUCUUUUUGUACAGCUGUGGGCGGGGUAAAAAAGGUCCACGCGCUCUCAGUGUGAAACGCAAGACUUUUUUCCCACCCCCCGCAAAUGCUGCUUUGUCUCCACAGAAUUCCAGGGCUGAGUUCUGCAAACUUCCAGGAGACGCAAGAUGUCGGCAACGGGAUUUCAGUCUCAUAAGCUGGGGAACGGGUUUUGUUUUCCUAACCUCCCUCACUCCCCCACCCCACUGGGCACAAAAGCAAGGUGGUUUCCAAUGCAAAACUGGGCACUGAUUUCCUCAGAUACGCAUUGCAGGUCACCAUGGCUAUGGCACUGAUUGGCUGUAUGAUUGUUGAGCUUGACCAGAAAGCCUCUUGUGCUGUUCUCCGUUUAAGGGAUUUGUAUCAACUGAAGCCUUUGAAACUGAAGCGGCGUACGGGGGGGGGGGGCGGCUAAAAAUACAUGUUGGUUAGGUAUUUCUAGUUACUCACCCUUCCUUCUUACAUAUCCAAAAGUCUGCUUGUAUACAUAGGGUAGCUUUCAGGGUUGUUGCAUUUUUUCCCCCAUAUUGAGAACCACCAAUCUUUUUUCAGGACCAAAUGGCUAGUCUCACCCUUGUAACCUAAGCUUUCUUUACAAGAUGCCCUUUGUAUCCUGCAGUGCUUUCACCUGCUCUUUGCUUUGCACCAGUUUGCAUGUCAGCCAUCACACAGCCUGUCUCCGCCUUGCACAUGUAACAGUCUCCCCACCCACUGCUGUGUUAGGCAUUGCUUCGGAGGUGCACUUCCACCGAGUGAAUGUGCAGAAUUGCCUCCAACUUUUACAGAGAAUGAGGAAAACUUGUUUUUUUCUGCAAGCGCCAUGCCCAGUGAGGCAUCCAUGAAGCUAUAUUCUGGAAGAGGGUGGGUGAGUUGUCCUAUGAUUGCACUUGGAGGUUCAGGAUGGGUUUAUGUCAUUGGCCAGUUUUGAACUUAGGCACGCCUGAAUAUGCUUCACGAAAGGAGGGAAGGCCUUAAAAAAUAAAAUGGUCAUUAAGAAAGGCUUUAGAUGUUUUUAAAUUAUUUCAGUGCUAUCUAUUGUGAGACAUCAGUUUUGAUUGGAUUGGAUUUGUGGUCUCAAUCUAGAGAUGUUUGUAGAAUGCUGACUUUAAGUAUAUAUUGCUGACUUUUAACAGUAUAAGCAAGUUUAAUACUCAGAUUGGAUUCUGUGCCCCAUAAAAAUGUCCUGCUUUAAUAAGAGCUAGCUUUUUUUCUUUUGGUUAUUAUUGAAAAACACUAGGGUCAAGUAUUAUGGAUCCAAUUUUCCACAAUCUUACUUUUUUCCAUUUGUUGAGCACUCAGUGGAGACAAGUAUUGAGACAAACUAUUGUUUAUGACUUGUAGCAUAUAUAGCAUGCCUCCUGUAAAAGCCUUCUUAUGUUUUGAUUCCAACUCAUCUCAGUAUCGCAAUUGGAAAUAUAUCAGAGUAACACUUGAAGUGGUAUGCAGUUGUAAGAAUGCGAUGUUAUCACUUUGAGAACUGACAGCAAAAUAAGCACAGUUGUUCUUUUGCAGAUUAUCCUAAGUAUCAUUCUUAUAACUUCAGUCAGUACUGUUUUUUCAUAUCGCUGUAACUAAAUUUUUACUAGAGCAACAUACUGGUCAGCUGCAAGAGAAUCAAGAAUUGUGCCCUUUUAAGCUAGAUGAUAUACAUUCAGUUUGCAUAGUCAUACUGGUGGGUAAUUAGAAGCAAGAUGAAUAUGACACAUAAAGAUUAUUAUCUUAACUGAGGUAUUUAAAUAGGUGUUGAACAGAAAGUCCUGUAAACACUCCCCCGUUUCAACAUGAAUUGUUAGGCUAGUGAUUGCCAACCUUUUCUAUGUGAACCAGUUCAUUGCUAUCAUCAUUAUCAUCACUACCACCACUACCACCAAAAGCUUUAAAAUGGCAGAAAUCUUGUGCAAUUAUGGUAAUCCCAUCUGAAAUCUUACGAGAUUUUGGAUAAGAAAACAAAAAUCUUGUGAGAUUAGCUGAUCUCCUGAGAUUUUGGCCAUUAAAAAACACUUUGCACAGCAACCAGAAUCGGGACCGGCAACUUUGCUGCUAAGUGCCGAGGUCAUUAAGACAGACAUCACAUGACCGCAGCUUACGAUUUUACUUCUGCCUUCUCUAUUAACUCUGCUUGUCACAAGCCAGUUGUGAAGCAUACAAACGGCAGCCGUGUGACUGUGGGAAGCUAUGAUGGUUAUAAAUGCCUGAAUUGCAAUCAUGUGUGAGUGGGACGCUGCAAUGGUUGUGAAUGCAAAGAUUGGGCACACAGCUAUUUUUUUAACACCACUGUAACUUUGGGUGGUCAUUAAACGAGGCAGUCAGUAAGCGAGGACUGCCUGUAUCCAUUCUUAGUUUGUUGUUUGUUUGGUGCCCUCACUGGGGACUUAUAGGAGCCCUGUAAAUUAGUAGCGAUCUCUAUGUUGGGAAGGAUUGCUUGGCUAGUUUGGGUGUAACUGUGCUAGAAUUUCAGAGGGGGUUAGGAGUGGCCAAAUGCACUUGGCCUGGCUGGGUUUUGCUCAAAGUACAGUGCAAGGAAAGCUGGGAUUUAUACCUCCACCUCUCCAUCCCAUUAAAAUUACUUUUAUGACACAAAAGAACUGCCAGCUGACUCCAAAAAGUGCCAUUACAGCAGCUAGUUCUGAUCCCAUUUUUUAAUAGUAGCUCAAGAAGCAGAUUGAGGCAGGUGUAGCUUUUCACCCCCUUGGGGAGAAUGUUUUCACCUGGUGAUUGUCAACAUUGUUAAUUGCUGACGUUAUCAAUGCUCAGCUCCAGGAGCAUAUUCCAAAGUCGAUACCCAGGAGAGGAUCAGUCCUUUGGUUGCAUUUCAUUUCAGCUUGUUUUUAGCUUCCUGCAUAGCAAAGUAUGCUCAAAAUGGAGGUACUUAUUUUGUUCAUUUUGUUCAAACAAAUAUUCAAGAUUGCUAGUCAUAAUUAAAAUCCAAGACGCAAGAGUUUUUAAAAGACAAAUUAAAAUAAAUGCUAAAAUAAAAUUCUGGUGCAGAAGAAACCAAAUGUGAGGAUUUGGGUAGAUUUGGAAUGUAUUUAAAAGACAUCAGACAUAUUUAGAUAAAUAAGUUAUUGCCACUCCUAAGUGUUUGCGGGACUGGAUUGGCGGGAGGUAUCUGGACAGCCAGGAAGCUACCUGUAUAUUUAAAAAGAAUGCGCUUUGCCUAACCUUCAGCUGAAUGUAUUAUGCAAUCAUAUUCUAUGUAUGAAAAUCUUUAAAAUGUCUUCAGAGAAGACUAGAGUCUUUAAAUCAAUCAUAGCUCUAUUAUAUUAAAUGUGAGCAUAAAAUAUAAAUAUAUAUAAAUACAUAUAUUUAAAUAUAAGUGGCUUUAUAUAAGAUGGGUAAGUUCGGUUACUGUGAAUUCUGUGGCUUUGUAUAAGAUUUAUUUCCCCUGUUUUAAUUCUUUAGAUUAAAAAAAAUAGAAGUAUAGGAAGUAUUAUAAAGUUGGUUAUUGGAGUAAAAGGUUAAACAUUUUGUGUAAAAUGCUUAAAUGUUUUUUUUUUUUUGAGAAAGAUGCUGCAUUAUGAAUAUUUCUAUUGAAAACUACUCUAAAAAUGUAGAUUUAUAAUUCCUGACAUGCAAAUUAAUUCCAUUUGUACAAGUAGAGAAGUUACAUUUUUCUGGACUUAUAUAAAAGAUUAAAAUAGAAUGAAUAGAGCAAACAUGCUGCACUUAAUUAAUCAUAUUACAGAAAGCUCAGUUUAUUAUUUGCCCUUUGUUAACAACUUGAGUUAAUAGAAAAUUCUUAUAUUGUUAAUUGGACAAUGAAGCUCCCCUCCUCAAUCUUCAGCCCUUCAGAUGUGUUUGAACAUUCUCCAGGAUUUUCAGCCAGCCUCGGUAUGUUAACUGGGAAUUCUGGGAGUUGUAGUUUCAAUCCAUCUGGAGAGAAUCAGAGGAGGGCUGUAAUAGAAAGUGUAUGUUUAUUCCAGUGUUGUUGUAUAUUUCAAUUGAAUUAUAAAAGUCCUGAUAUUAGCAAUAUUGAAGAAUGGAGCAACUACUGCUGUAAACUAGGCACCAAAUAAGAAAGAGUAUUUUCUAGCAGAUAACUGUGCCAUAAGAUUGAACAGUGGCUUUUUCCACAGUCAUUGAAGUUCGUUUUUCUGCUACAGAUAUAAGCUUUGCAUUAUGAGGCCAUUCAUUAUUUACUAAAAGUUGUUUUUUUGAUGAUGAUGAUGACGGUUCUUGUAUACUAUUUAAUGUGUAGCAGUGCUUCUUGUGAAUAUAUUUUGCCACACGAACGCAUUUUAAAACUUGGUUUUAAACAUAUAUGGUAUGGUAUUUUGCAGGGACUUUGACAGAACUUUUGUGGAUACUCAAUUAUAAUCCUUGUAAUUAUAAUCUGCUGGAGACUGCUUUUUGCAGAAGCCCAAUUGAUUCUUCUUAACAAGCCUUCUUCAGUGAAUUCAACAUUUUUAAUUUGAUUAAUAUGCAUACCAAUUCAUACUGAGUUUUUUUUUAAAGAAAAACUGUUAAGUUGUUAUGAUCCAGCCCAGCAUUGUGUUAAUUCAAAAUUUGUCAAUUAGCUUGAAAAUAUUAUCCUCAGUCACAAUUUGACAAAAGUCUUCCGAUACCCUCCAAGAAAAUGUUAUCACCCCAAAUGACACCCUGCCCUGAACAGUGAAAGCAAAAAUUCACUCCUUUUACAUACCCAUUUUCCCCCUUAAAUAUCAUGCUUCCUAUAUUGCUGGCUUUCUGAUCCAGAUAUACUUAUCAAUAUUUGCUUGCCUUAUCAAAUCAUAUUUUCAUAAAGCUUGCCAACAGUGGAACUACUAAAAUAAGAUAAGCAAGAUAAAAAAGACUGCUCAUUGUAAACUUUAUUUUGGCAAUGUAUAAACUUCACUCUAUUUUGCUUGUUAUGUUGAUAUACCUGUCUAAUCAAAGCUCUUGCCUGUUCAAAUAUUUUCAUGUUGGGCAGCUGUUAGUUGACUGUCAACAUGCAAUACAUUGUGUAGGACUGGCACUACGUUCUGCAUAUUUUUUGAAAGAAGAUUGUAUGUUCUCCCUACCCACCCCUUAACUGUCUGUAUCUGUGUCUGUGUCCUUGUCUUUUCUAUGAUGUCUAUCUACCUCAUGCUUCAAAAGAAGACUCUUGCUGAUUGUAAGGGCAAUUCAGCGGGCACUGCUGCUGGGCCUCCCCUCCCAUUUCAAAGGGGCCUUGGGGGUACUGGCCUACAAAGCUCAUUAGAAUAAAUGGAUGAUAAACAGCGGUGGCCCAUGCUGGUUUGCACCCUGUGUGAGUAGAGUGUUUUUAAUGAGGCAAUUGUUCUGUUUUGUUCGUCAAACCUGGGGUGUUCAUGAAGCGACUGAUUCAGUGUUUGGCGUCUACCGUUUCCAAUGCAAAUACUUUAACCUUCAAAAAAAAUGAUUAAAAAAGCCUGUUGUUGGGUUUUUUACCAGUGAGUAGGGAAAAUAUGCCUCUUUAAUCCCUGUGGCCAGUUUGAACACCCCAUUUGUAUAUGUGCCUAGUUCAUUCCCCACUCCAGGAAAACAAAAACAAAAAACAAAAUUCCUUUGUGUAUUUGAUAAGUUGUACAGUUUUGAUAGAACCCAUGUAAUGUUACCUUGUGUUUUCUGUGCUUAAUAAAGAUAUCUCAAUUAUUAAUAAAA